AAUAAGCAUCAUGCGUUAAAGGAGGUGGAAAUCUCCUGCUCCCUGAUACACACGCCACUUUGCAAUCAAAACGUGUCAGUAGAUCUACCUUCGUUUCGCUUUCGGUUGACGCCAUUAAUAGUACACAAAAAAGUCUUUUCCUCUUGAUGGGGACGUGUCAGACUCUGAUACGAGUCCAAAGUGUCCUCGUUUGUCAACUGUCCCUAUAUUUCAGUUUCUUCUAGAUCUCCCAUCCAAUCAAAUUUAAUAAAAUUAAAUACUUUUUUUCUUUUCCCUGAAGCGUCUUCAACCCCCCACCUCUCUCUAUUUAACAGGACCUAACUAAAUAAUUCGUCUUCUUCUCUCGCAUCUUCUGCUUUUCGAUUCAUCCCUCUUGUACUUUCUCUACAUUUUGUGCAGUUCUGCGAUCCAUCCGUUUGUAGCUGCAUAUAGAAAUGGAGUAUGAAGGGAACCAACCACAGGAUCUGGCGAAGUACGAGUGUCUUCUUUUUGAUAUAGAUGACACGCUUUAUCCUACCAGUUCUGGUUUGUCGCAACAUGUCAAAAAUAAUAUUGAAGAGUAUAUGAUUCAAAAGCUCGGCAUUGAGGAAAGUAAAGUUUCAGAGUUGUGUGUUUCUCUAUACAAAUAUUAUGGGACAACAUUGGCUGGUCUCAGGGCUAUUGGGUAUAAGUUCGACUAUGAUGACUUCCAUAGCUUCGUUCAUGGAAGAUUACCCUAUGAUAUCCUGAAGCCUGACCCUGUGCUUAGAAAUCUCUUGCACAGCGUAGCUGUUCGGAAAGUUAUUUUCACCAAUGCAGACAAGAACCAUGCUGCUAGGGUUCUCGAUAGACUUGGUUUAGAGGACUGCUUUGAAGGGGUUAUAUGCUUUGAGACCUUGAAUAACCCUAACAAAGGAAAUGAUCGUCCCAAAAAGGAUGAAAAUGCUGUUUUUGAUAUCAAUGAAUAUAGUGCUGCUUCUGAUGCUGAUGCUGAUAUUGCACUUCCAAAGUCACCAGUUGUCUGCAAACCAUUUGAAGAGGCAUUUGACGAGGUCUUUAAGAUUGCCAGCAUCAACCCUCAAAGAACGUUAUUUUUCGAUGAUAGCAUCCGUAAUUUACAGACUGGGAAACGAAUGGGUCUUAAUACUGUGUGGAUAGGCUCUUCCCAUCGAAUUGAAGGGGUGGAUUACGCCCUAGAAAGCAUCCACAACAUCAAGGAAGCACUGCCGGAGCUCUGGGAGGCUAAUGAGAAGUCUGCAGAUGCUAGGUAUUCGGGGAAGGUUGCCAUUGAGACUUCAGUGAGGGCAUAACAUAGAUUUUAGAUAGAUUUGAGAACAUGCCAAAAAAAUAUCUAAUAUUAGCUGUUUUAAACGAUUUUGAAUGCCUGUAUUGGGGACCUGGAGCAGGGUGGGCCUUCCUGCAUGGUUCCUUUGGAAUAUUAAUCUGGAUUUAUUCUAAGGGAAAAAUAAAGAAAAGGUUUCUUUCUUAUUUC